UGUUGUUAGUUAGGGGGGCCUUGGCCCCCCCCAAAUUUUUUUUUUUUACUAUUAUACUGUAUAUAUAUAUUAUAUAUAUUCUUGGCCAGUUGGCCACUUGGCCCCCCCCAACAUAUUUCCCUGCCCCCCCUCCGCCCUUCUUAACUCUUAAGUCCAUAAAAAAAAUUUGUCAUUAGUUUAGAAAAAGCCAAAGAGUUGCAGGAAGUAUGGAGUACUUUUGUUUUUUUUGAAAGUUGAAACCCACUAGCUUUUGUUUUAUUAUUAUUAUUAUUUUAUUUUAUUUGCAAAUGUUGAAAGUUGAAAUCACUUGUUGUCUACUUUCCUCCACCGGCUCCAGUGCUCCACUCAGAAGAGUAAUUGAAGAUUUGAACACUAAAGAAAUUAAGCAAGCUCACUCCUGGUUUCAUUUACAGAGUCACUCUUUUUGGACUCCUGAGUUUCAUCAUCUUCAAAUCAUCAAUUUUCUGUUCUUCUUCAACAAUAAAUCUGGUGAUACUCGUUGGAGUUCUCAUUUGAAAUCCAUAUCAAGUUUGAUGAGAAUGUUUAGUGCAACAUGUGAAGUUUUACUAAACAUUAUUGAAGAUGGAACUACACCUACUCACCGUGGAGAUGCCGAUGCAGCUUAUGAGAACCAUAACCAUGGAGUCUUCAUACCACUGGACUUGGAUACACAGGAGGUGGAGGAGGUCAAUUGCUAUCAUGUCUUCUAAAGCCGGUCAAGUAUAAGCAUCUACAUCUAGUUCCGGUUUGAUUUUUUAUUGACUAUGAAAGUAUGAUGUAGAUAAUUUCAUUUGAGUUCACUCUUGAGACAAAGUUUUAUGUUUUUGUGUCAAAUUACAAUAUAUUGAAUGCAUUUUUGCCAAA